CGAUUGCGAGGAGACAGCGGCAGCACCCGGAGCGGCAAGCCCAGAAGCGACCGGAGCAGCGUGAAGGCGACGGACGCGAAGGGAUCGGCUCGUCCCCUCCGCCCCGUGCCCUGCGGUGACUCCGGGCGGGGUACUGUGGGGGUGUUCCCCCCGCGGCGGAUUUCGCCGACCUUCGCCCUCGAGCAACCCCCUUCCCCGAGUCCACUGAACACAUGAGGUUUUUCAGGUUGACCUUCAAGUGCUUCGUGGAUUGUUUCUGAGUCUCUGCAAAACCCCUGCCCUCCCCUCCGAGCCGGCUACCUGCCCCAGCGAGACCCAGCCCCAGCUCAGACUCCACUCUCCGCCGUAUCCCGCUCGCCUCUUGCGAGGGGGCUUCUGCCUGCGACCACCCCCCGGGCACCCCUUCUCUUCUUUUCUCUUUCGAGCAUCACCUCGAUCCGUCUGGAAGAGGGCGACCGGGACUCGGGAAUCCCCCCAGGCACCAUGGCCAAGGGGGCUUCGUCGGAGAGCGGCGGAGGCGGCGGCGGCGGCGGCAUUUACAGCGUCUCGGUCGAACCGCAGGACAAAAAGACGGGACCCCUCGCAGCCGCCAUGUGCCAAGGAGCCUCCGUCGGGAGCAAAGGGGAGGCCGUGGACUCCUGCAAGCCGACCCUGGCCUUGCCGCCCCGAGAAAGAGAGACUUGGACCCGGCAGAUGGAUUUCAUCAUGUCUUGCGUGGGCUUCGCCGUGGGGCUAGGCAACGUGUGGCGCUUUCCCUACCUGUGUUACAAGAACGGGGGAGGUGUGUUCCUCAUCCCGUACAUUCUUAUUGCCCUCCUUGGUGGGAUUCCCAUCUUCUUCUUGGAAAUUGCUUUGGGGCAAUUCAUGAAGGCUGGAAGCAUCACUGUAUGGAACAUAGCGCCACUUUUCAAAGGACUGGGAUUUGCUUCCAUGGUGAUUGUCUUCUACUGCAACACGUACUACAUCAUGGUACUUGCCUGGGGCUUCUACUACCUGGUGAAGUCUUUUACAGCCACCCUGCCUUGGGCAACCUGUGGGAAUCCCUGGAACUCCCAAGAGUGUGUGGAAAUCUUCCGACAUGAAGACUGUGCCAAUGGCACUGCCAGCAGCAACCUUACCUGUGAUGAACUUUCCGACAAGCGGUCACCUGUCAUCGAAUUUUGGGAGCACAAGGUGUUGAAUAUUUCAAAAGGCCUAGAGUAUCCUGGGGCCAUCAACUGGGAAGUGACCCUGUGCCUCCUGGCCUGCUGGGUCCUUGUCUAUUUCUGCGUUUGGAAAGGCGUCAAAUCUGCAGGAAAGAUUGUCUAUUUCACUGCUACAUUCCCUUACGUGGUGCUCAUUAUACUGUUUAUUCGAGGGGUGAUGCUGCCUGGAGCUCAGGAUGGGAUAAUUUACUAUCUCAAACCCGACUGGUCCAAACUGGCUUCCCCUCAGGUGUGGAUUGAUGCUGGGACCCAAAUCUUUUUCUCCUAUGCCAUAGGACUGGGGGCACUCACUGCCCUGGGCAGCUAUAACCGAUUCAACAACAAUUGUUAUAAAGAUGCCAUCAUUCUGGCACUGAUUAAUAGUGGGACCAGCUUCUUCUCUGGUUUUGUAGUCUUCUCCAUCCUAGGCUUCAUGGCUGCAGAACAGGGAGUUGAUAUCUCUAAAGUGGCAGAAUCUGGACCUGGGCUGGCUUUUAUUGCCUAUCCAAGAGCUGUCACUCUGAUGCCAGUUGCUCCUCUCUGGGCUGCCCUCUUUUUCUUCAUGCUGCUGCUUCUGGGCUUAGACAGCCAGUUUGUAGGUGUUGAAGGCUUUAUAACUGGGAUCCUGGACUUCUUCCCAUCCGCACAUGCCUUCCGAUUCCAGAGAGAGAUCACCGUGGCCAUCUUCUGUGUCAUCUGCUUCUUCAUUGAGCUGUCCAUGGUGACUGAGGGGGGCAUGUAUGUCUUCCAGCUCUUCGAUUACUAUUCAGCGAGUGGCACAACACUACUGUGGCAGGCCUUCUGGGAGUGCGUGGUCAUCGCCUGGAUUUAUGGGGCUGACCGUUUCAUGGAUGACAUUGCCUGCAUGAUUGGGUACCGGCCCUUUCCUUGGAUGAAGUGGUGCUGGAUGGUCGUGACUCCUCUCAUCUGCCUGGGUAUUUUUUUGUUCAACAUCGCCUACUACAAGCCAUUGAUCUACAACAACACCUACGUUUACCCCUGGUGGGGAGAAGCCAUUGGCUGGGGCUUUGCACUAUCUUCCAUGUUGUGUGUCCCUCUUUUUGCUCUCUACAAAUUCAUCCGUGCCAAGGGAACGCUGGCUGAGCGCUGGCGCCAUCUCACCCAACCAGUCUGGGGUUUGCAUCAUCUAGAGUACAAGGUGCCCGAAACAGAUGCUCUAACUACCCUCUCCCCUGUCCUGGACGGGGGUGCCAAAAUUGUCAUCUUGGAGAGUGUCAUGUGACCAACGCUUCCCCCCCCGCCCCCACCCCUGCUCUGGGCUGCCAAUGGAGGAGGCGGGGAAAGGAUUCCAUCUAUGAAGUUGGGGGGAGUGUGCUCCCUACCUGUGGGGAAGACGUAUUAGGGAUUCUUUAUUCAUCUCCACCUUUUCCUCUCAAUCACCAGAAUGGCUGAGAGAUGAAUUAACAAGUUCCCUCCGAUCUUUGAUCAGAAGGUUGGAGUACUAAAGGCCAUAGGGGUGGGGGGAGGGAAGGGGGGGCGGGGAAGAGAGCCUUAGAUUUACAUUUUUUUAAAACAAGUUAUUUUUUAAAAGAUGAAAUAUUUUAAAUUUCUAUAUACAUUACACACACACACACAUAUACACAUACAUACACACACACACACAACCAGAUGUAUAGAUAUAUAUAUAUAUCUUUAGCCAAAUGCAUGGAACACAGAUUCCUUCCCAUUCAGUGGAUGACUGCUUUGGGAUCCAGAGCACUGCACUUUUAUUCCUUGCUUAGGUGGGGGGAAGGGGGUUGAUCAGGUUAGAGAGGGCUGUAUAUCUGGGGCCCGUCUCUGGUUUUGUCAAGGAAGCAGAGUCUGGCACUUAGCAGAAGCAGGAAAGCUUCAAAAGGGAGCUGCUGAGAACCCAGAUCCCUGGGUGCCAACUACCACAGCAGGGAGACAUAAAGAGCAAUUGUAAUUAGCAUUGGGACGUUAUUCUUAGUUUUGUCCCUCUUACACUAAAGCAGCGCCUCUCAUUUUUCCUGCCCUCUCCCAAGGUCUAGGAGGGUGACAGUCCCCUCAUGCCAAAAUGGCAGCCCUCUUGGCCUGUCUUUAUCAAAAAUGGUCACUAAAAGCCUUUCUCUCCCCAACUCUCUCACCCUUGCCAAACUAGGUGUCAAACCAACCAAAUAACUUGACUCAUGGGAACCCUUUGUAUUAAGGCUACAUGAUGAGUUUCACAGUAUUAAUGAGUUUCAUAGUAUUACAAAUUUGCCCAAAAUGAGAAUACAGGAGAGGGAGUCUCCAGAGCAGGCCCUGCUCCUGGAGAAAACAUAGCCCUUUCCUGAAAUGUCUUGCCUUUUAUAGAUCCUCUCCCCCCUCCUGUCCCCGCACCGAGAUGGACAACACUAUUUGGUUCCAAUGUUUCAAGUGCCUCCUGUGUUGCCAUCAUGCUGCCUCAUCAACCCGUGGCUUCCAAAAGCAUUAAAACCUACUUUGUGAAAUGGUGCAGCAGUGCUUUCUGCCUGGCACCUGCAAUUUGCAGGAAUUACCUUCUGGAUUGGGGGCAUUGGGGAGAGAAGGCGCAUGAUAAUUCUCCAUAGUCAUAUUAGGAAAAGAGUCCAGGGGUUCUGUAGUAUUUGUAGCCAGAAUCCAAACCCCCACCCCCACCCUUCUGGCUGCCUGAAAUAAAUCUUGCCAAAGUCUGCUUCCAUGUCAACAGCAGAACAGCCGUGGAUAUGCAGGUGUUAUUAGACUACAGUUCCCAUCAUCCUUGGCCGCAUAUUGUGAAACCGAUGGAAUUUGAAGUCUAAGAACAUUUGAAAGGCCACGGAUCCCCCCACUUUUAUUUGGCAUCAAAUCAUUGGUGCCCCUCUAUGCCAGUGUUUUUCAAAUUGGGCCAUUUUAGGAGGUGACUGUGACCCAUGCUGCGGACUGUGGAAUUCUGGGAGUUGAAGUCCAUACCUCUUAAAGUUGCCAAGUUUGAAAACAUUGCUUUAUGCCAUCCUUUGCCAACCUGGUGCCCUUCGACAGAUAUGAUGGACAUCACUCAGGUUUCUUAGCCAGUACAAUCAACAGUUGUGCUGGCUGGGAACAGCCUCUUUGUUGAAAGCACCAAAUUCAGGAAGGCUGCUGUAAUGCUUUAUGCAACUCCCAACAAAUCUUCACUAGUUUUUUUAUUUGCACAUUUUCUAAG